GGCAGUGGCGGCGGCGGCGGCUCCGGGAGCCGGCGCGAAUCCGGCCCCCGGUGCGGGACCCGGCUGGAGGACUCGGAUAGAACUGCCAAAUUAGGACGCUGCCAACUCGGAUGGUGGGAGCCGAAUAGAAAUUCACACUGAGCAAGGAACCCAGCCUCUGCUGACUCGCAGGUCGUCGCCUUCCCCACGGUGGUCAGCCACAGGACGCGAGCUGUGAUGGUGGAGCUGGGGCCCGUGUUGGGGGGGACUGUGGUCCCACGUGGUAAAGAGGAUGACAGGUGAUCGUCGCUCCCCACCUGGACGGAGGCAGGUCUGGUAGAGCCCCGCCUGGGCCCAAGUGUGCAGAGGAUGGAAACACUCCCCCGGCAAUGUCUCUGGGCCGCCUCCUUCGCCGGGCCUCCUCCAAAGCCUCGGACCUCUUGACCCUCACCCCCGGUGGCGGCGGCGGGCCCCCUUCCAUCCUGGAUGGGGAGAUCAUCUACUCCAAGAACAAUGUCUGCGUGCACCCGCCGGAAGGGCUGCAGGGGCUGGGGGAGCACCACCCAGGCUACCUGUGCUUGUACAUGGAGAAGGAUGAACUGCUGGGGGCCACCCUCAUCCUCGCAUGGGUCCCCAACUCCCGGAUCCAGAAGCAGGACGAGGAGGCGCUGCGUUACAUCACCCCCGAGAGCUCCCCCGUGCGCAAGGCACCCCGCCCUCGGGGCCGGCGUACCCAGAGCUCGGGGGCCCCCCACCCGCCGUCUCCCAUGGAGCCCAGGCCCACCCUAAUCCCCAGAGAUGAGGACAUCCUGGUGGUGGCCCAGAGCAUCCGAGACCCCGAGCGUGUCAGCCCUUCGCCCGAGGACGGGGAGAAGCUGGCCCUGGGCCUGGGGACAGACAGCUCCCUCCUGGCCUCUCAGCCGGCCCACAGCGACUCGGGAAUCUUGUCGGCGGUCAGUUCGCAGGACGGGACGGAAGAGGGCCGGGAACCGCGACCCGAGGCGGGCGAGGAGGAGGGCUCCUUGGAGCUGUCGGCCGAGGGCGUGAGCAGGGCCAGCUCCUUCGACUCGGACUCAGAGGCCUUCUCUUCACCCUUCUGCCUCUCGCCCAUCAGCGCCGCCCUCGCAGAGAGCAGCAGCUCCGUGUUCCUGGAGAGCGAGAGCGGCUCCCCCUCCAGCGUGGACGCCCACCUGCAGUUCCUGGACAGCAGUGGCCUCCUGCAGCCCCCACGCUGGGACGAGCCGCAGCGGGCCUGCGCCUUGGAGCAGAUCUGCGGUGUGUUCCGAGUGGACUUGGGUCACAUGCGCUCCCUCCGCCUCUUCUUCAGCGAUGAGGCCUGCACCAGCGGCCAGCUGGUCGUCGCCAGCCGGGAAAGCCAGUACAAGGUGUUCCACUUCCACCACGGUGGCCUGGACAAGCUGCCCGACGUGCUUCAGCAGUGGAAAUACUGCGCAGAGACGCACCUCAAAGACCAGCAGGUCGCCGACGAAAAGACGUGCAUGCAGUUCUCCAUCCGGCGUCCCAAACUGCCGUCUUCCGAGACGCACCCCGAGGAGAGCAUGUACCGACGGCUGGACGUCGCGGCCUGGCUCCGCCACCUGAACGCGCUGGGCCAGGUGGAGGAGGAGUACAAGCUCCGCAAGGCCAUUUUCUUCGGCGGCAUUGAUGUGUCAAUCCGGGGGGAGGUCUGGCCCUUCCUGCUGCGUUAUUACAGCCACGAGUCGACGUCGGAGGAGAGGGAGGCGCUGCGGCUGCAGAAGAGAAAGGAAUACGCCGAGAUCCAGCAGAAAAGGCUCUCCAUGACCCCUGAAGAGCACAGAGCGUUCUGGAGGAACGUGCAGUUCACCGUGGACAAGGAUGUGGUACGGACAGAUCGAAGCAACCAGUUCUUCCGAGGAGAAGGCAAUCCCAAUGUGGAGAGCAUGAGGAGGAUCCUGCUGAACUAUGCGGUGUACAACCCAGCCAUUGGCUACUCCCAGGGCAUGUCAGACCUGGUGGCCCCCAUCCUGGCCGAGGUCCUGGACGAGUCAGACACCUUCUGGUGCUUUGUGGGUUUGAUGCAGAACACGAUCUUUGUCAGCUCUCCUCGGGAUGAGGACAUGGAGAAACAGCUGCUGUACCUGCGGGAGCUGCUGCGGCUGACGCACCUGCGCUUCUACCAGCACCUGGUCUCGCUGGGCGAGGACGGCCUGCAAAUGCUCUUCUGCCACCGCUGGCUGCUGCUGUGCUUCAAGCGGGAGUUUCCCGAGGCUGAGGCUCUGCGGAUCUGGGAGGCCUGCUGGGCCCACUACCAGACGGAUUACUUCCACCUUUUCAUCUGUGUGGCCAUUGUGGCCAUCUACGGGGAUGACGUCAUUGAGCAGCAGCUGGCCACCGACCAGAUGCUUCUGCACUUUGGAAACUUGGCCAUGCACAUGAAUGGGGAGCUUGUUCUCAGGAAGGCAAGGAGUUUGCUCUAUCAGUUUCGCCUCCUGCCGCGGAUCCCCUGCAGCCUGCAUGACCUGUGCAAGCUGUGUGGGAGUGGCAUGUGGGACAGUGGUUACAUGCCCGCCGUGGAGUGCACAGGCCAGCACCCGGGGUCUGAGAGCUGCCCAUAUGGGGGCACUGUGGAGACGCCUUCGCCCAAGCCCCCCAGAGAAGGCAGGAAGGGCCCAAAGACGCCCCGCGAAGGCUUCGGUUUCCGCAGAUAGGUUGGGCUCCCUGUGCUAGAUGAGGGGUGAGGGAACCUCAGCCAGAUCCCAAGCAUGGGGGAGGGGGUGGGGAUAGGCUUGGAGGGGAUGGGAUGGUAGAAACGGAAGGAAAAUGCCCUUGGGCGGCACGAAGGGAAACUUUUCAUAUUAAGGACAAAAGCGGAGUCCAGAAGUGACAGAAGUGAAACCCGCCAGCUGCCCAGAGAAAAGUCACCUCCCAAAAAAGCGGGACCAGAAUGCACGGCCAUCCCACCUGGAGACGCAGGCUGGCUGGGUUCUCGUGUUGCCUGCCUUUGAUGGAUCUCGACACGUCCCAGGAAUUCCUCCAGCUUCAUCAGCCACCAAAGGGUAUGGCCAGGCAUUGGGAAAGGCAGAGACAGAAGGAGAGGUCUUGUGCACCCACCAGUGCCGGGGAGUGCAGAACAAGGGGGUCCUGUCCAGGCCCAGAGACAUCUUUGCAAGCCGGACACACCCGCCUCAUCAGGCUUCAUUCUCUGAAAGAACCAAACAUACUGCACAGCUUCUCCAGCUGCAGCUGCAAAGCUGAUGUGAAGACGUCUGCCCCCCAUCCCCCCCCAAAAAAAAGCCCCACUGAUUUCAGGGUAAAGAGGUGUAAGAGCAGGGGGCUGGGGGCUUUCACACUGUCCAUUUCAACAUCCGGUCCUCUUGGUAUGUGAAGGAAUCUGCUGCCCGUGAGCCUGAGCACAGGCUGUUGAAGUGUUGGAUUCCUCUCCCUUUGUUGGGGAAUGUCUGCAUUUGGCAUUGUUUAAGGCCAACCUCACCAAAUACUGCAACCAGCUGGGGUCUGGAUGGGUUGAGGUGUGUGUGUGUGCACGCAAAAUCCUCUGAAGGGAAUCUGCAAUGUUUGAGGGAAGGGGUACUAUAUUAACUGACCAACCAAAACAAAGGCACCUGAAAGUGCUAGAAAGACUCCCACUUCCCUGCAGGGCCUGCAUUCUGCCAUGAAUGCCAGUCUUCUAUAAGUCAGCUUCUCAGGUGGUUGGACGCAAGAGUGGCCACAAUACAGUAGCCAUCACUCAGGGCACCUCUGCUCUCUGUGUGGGAACCAGGUCUUCCCAGCAAGCUCUCCCUGCUCCCAAAGAUUCUCAUCAGUAGCUCCUUCUGGGAUUUAGAGAAGGACAGAUAAGGGCAUGGGAGGGCUCCCAGCCAGUGUAAAGUGGUGGAGCCAUUUGCACAGGAAGCCGCCUCUUGAACUGGCAGGAGCAAGGAGCCUGGAACCGUUCCUUGAAUCCUCCUGCACAUUCUUCUGGGGAGAAAAGUCCUUGACGUGCUGAGAGUCAUCGUGGAGACACAGCCCGACUAAGGCUUCUUCCUGCUCUCGCUUUUCUCACUGAGAGUUGACGCUGCUGGAUGGCGCCACUUUAAAAAGAUGUUUAUCAACAGGAAAGAGGAAGUUAUCAGCCUCCUCCCUUCUCAGCUUCUCUCUUCUCCAUGAGCCCAAGUCCUCCAGCAGGCAGGAGACUGACACUGGUACUUCCAAGUUCCUGGCCCCUCUGUCCAAGAGCCUUUUGGAGACACCAUCCUGGAGCCCCGUCAGUGCCCAGAUCUUAGGGUACUGACCAUUAUAGUCCAGCAGCAGGGUCCAGGCUGGAUGGGGGUAGACUUCUGCUCUGCUUCUGGGGAAAGAAGAUUGCCUUUCCAUCCGGAGGAUGGCUCCUGAUCCAUUACAGAAAUGGCUUGAGUUACCCAGGCACUAUGUUGACCCUCCUCUAGAGACCACAUCCCCAUGAGCAGGCAUAACAGUUACCCAUUGCCACAGUAAUGCUACAUAACAAAUAGCCCCCAAACAUGGUGGCCUCAGAUAGCACACACUUACCUAGCACAUGAGUCUGUGGGGCAGCAGCUCAAGCUGGGCAUUUCUGGUCUGGGUUGGGCUUGCUCCCAUGCCUGGAGCUGUUAAGUCCCAGGGGGGUGCUCACACAUGUAGAAGUGUGUAGAGGUCAGACUUGGCUCUGCUCUGUGCCUCUUGCAUCCUUCCCGCAAGCCAGUCCUGGCCAAGGCAAAGGUGCAGAAUCAGAAGUGUACAGGUACCUUCCCAAGCAUUGACAGAUGCCACCCCUGCUGCCACCCCAAUGGCCAAAGCAAGUCACAUGGCCAGACUCAGCAUCUAGGGAUGGGGAAAUGGACCCUCCCCUGCAGUAAGAGAAGUGACAUGGCGAGGGGCUGGGGAUUCAGGGAGGGGUGAGGAACUGGGCGGCUGGUACGGGGCUGGAAGAGUCUACCAGCACCACAACAAAGUCCUGGUCCAGAUAACACUGUUUUGGAACUCACCUUCUACCAGGGGCGUGACUUCCCCUGAAGGGGCAGGAGAUGCCUAAGAGGAGAAAGAGUGCUGCCCCCUCAUCCUCUGUAGCAGAAGAACGUCCAUGCAUUUUACAGUACCUUGUGCCUUUGGGCUGCUGUGUGUGGGGUGGAGGGAGAGGGGUCCCAGGCUCCCUCACUUUGGAGGGUCCUGGGUGGAAAGCACUCAUUCUGAACCUCCCAGCUCCCACAGCCCCUAACCCCCACGGCUCCCCAUGACCCUCGCACCUCUCACCCUAUGGGCUGGGUGAGGUCCCAGUGAGAUCUGGGCCUCUUGGAGCAGCCAGGACCUUGAAAGCUGAAGACCUGGGUGUGUGGGCUCUGCGAGGUCUCGCUGCUCCAGAGGGAUGGAGAAGGCCCGCCCCUGCACGGCUCCCUUAAUCUGGAUGCAAUUAGAGGAAACCAGCCAAAAACCCUGGGGCAGCUGUUGCCCCAGGAUUAUUCCCAGCCAGCAAAAGGCAUUAGGGUGAUAAUUCAGUCAUUAGACUUUUAGCCUUCCCACCGCCAGAACGUGCAAAUACAGGAUAAUCAGCCCAGCACGGCCAUCCUCGGUGAUACUGCUUAUUUAACCCAUUUUUUUUAAAUGACACUUAAUGUUAUUGGCUGGGGUGCGUGUGCACGCAUACUUAAAAGUUUCCCCACCGCUAAUGUCUGUGCUGACGUUACAUGAUGUCGUCGGGGCCUCUGGGAGGAGAGGGCACCUUUGAUGCGCAUGUGCUGGCACAGAGAGGGCAGUGGGGCAGGGACUCACCAGCCCAGUGGGGAUUCACCCUCUCAGGGAAGGGGGAUGAUGGCAGGAUGAAGCUGGGUGUGGGGAAGGUGGGGAUGUAGUGUGGUCAGGGUCUGGUUAAGUGCAGAGGGGAACAGUGUGCUAUUCCAGAAGGUUCUGACUUAAGUCCCAGCAGGGGAGACUUGGAACUCACAAGUCAAGGGAAUUGGAGUUCUUGAGCCAAUUAGAGGGGUAGGGAUAGGCAGGCUGGGAGGGGUCUCCAGCCCAUCUCUGCAGAGGACGAGGGUCUGCAGUCCAGAGGGCAGUUCCAUUGGCGGCCUUGGUCUGGAUGCCAUCAGCGAGCAGCGCCGUGUUGUCCUGAUUGGCUAAGUGUCAGGCAGGACAGAGAUUUUUGAAUCCAGGACCUUUGAGUUUUCCGUAAAAUCCUGCUGGGGGCAGACAGCUGGACAGGAUGAAGAUGCUGGUCCUGAAACGAGGGCAGUGGCUGGCAGAGGUCACCCAGCUCUGACCUUUGAUGGGUGGACGUAGGAAAUGGGGCAAAAUCUGUGGACCACAGUGGGGGACCUCUGUGGCUCUCCCCUCGGUUUUUUGUGAGGUCCCGCUGAGCUCCCUUGUCUGCUUCUUGUUUGGUAGAAAUAGCUGGGAGGAGGGCAGCCCCCAGGGUGGUGGGAAUCUGCUCAUGGCUGUGCCCUGCACCUGCGGAAGCCUCCAUCCUCUGUUUGGCCUCCCCUCCCCCAUGCCGGGAGGCUGGAGGGUGGCAGGAGCACCUGGGUUCACCCGGCCGAGAGAAGGAAGCCUCUUCCAGCUUGUCUGUCCAGCAGAGGCCCCCCAGAGGCUGCCCUGCCUCAGAGGAAGGAGGAGGAGUUUCCCUGGGAAACCCCACACACGUGCAGAGGUGCAGCCCUAGACCGGCCUGCAAGCUGUGCCACAAACCCGUAGCAAAGGGAAGGAGCCUGCGGGUCUGGCCUGAGGCCAGGCGCUUCCUCUGGAGACCCUGGGGAACCAGAUGGCCCAGGAUCUGAUUAGCCCUGGGUUUCUAAGCCAGGCUGCAAGGCCGUCCCUCGAAGUGAAAGCAUUCUGUCCCCGCCCGUCCUUGGCUCAGAGGGAACUGCCCCCAAAGUUGUGAAGCCCAAGGACAGGGCUCCCCUACAGAGGUUGCGCAGUGCUGCAUGGAAGGAAGACACUUACCUAGGGGUCAGGAACCUGGUUCUUGUCCUGCCUCUGACCCUUCCCAGGUACGUGACCUUCCUGCCCUCUGAGCCUCAGUUCCGUCAUCUGUAGAAUGAGAACGGCGCUGCCCUCCCAGCCCACCUCACAGGACUGCCGUGGGGACUCUCCAGGUGAAGGUGUCAUGAAGAUGGUGUACCAGCCCCGGGGGCUUCACCUGCCACUCAGGGAAGAGACCACUGACCUUGGCCUUGCAGCCUUGGCGGAAAGGCGGCAUGCUCCCAACCCGAGAGCUCGCCCUGCUUUGAGAGUCAGCAAACCCGCUCCCUUCUACACGUCCACUUUGCUGCAUGUCCCCGACUAAAGGGGACCUCUCUGUGCCUCUUCUGUGAAAUUCACCCUGUGCCACCCCACUCCUGCCAUGAGGAAAACCAACCAUAAGCCAUGACCUUGGUGACCCCGAGAGAUGUGUCUGUGUGCCGUGUGCCCAGCUCUGCAUCAGGGAUGAGGUCCAGGCCUCGGACCCCCACGGCUGUGAAACCCACUCAAGCGGGGGGCUGUGGCCUCCUGGGUCAGGCUGUAGAGACUGGAGAGGGGUGUCCCUGGGCCUCUUGGGGGCAGGGCGGGCAUGCAAACAGCCUGCAGGCAUCUGGCCGUUAAACACAUUGUGCUGAAUUUCUAGGUAGGAAAGUACAUUUCAAGUUCAGAGAUCAAGUCACUUGGUCAUCUUCUUUCCAGCACCUUGUGUUAGUCAGAGGGCAGGGUUUCUGUUGUUUAAGGGAAAGUUUAAUGAAAUUCCCACCAUUACCAAGAGAUUACUGAUGUCCGUGGCUAGGGAUUCGUUCUCUGUAUUUCAUUUUGUUUUCUUUUUUAAAUACAAUCGCCCACUGGUCAGGCCAUGCCCCAGGCUCGGGACUGGCCACCCUGACCCCUGGGGCCACGGCCCCCACUGUGCUUCUGGCUCUCAUGGAUUCCACUGCAAAGUAAAUAAAAUCAUAUUGACAACAAA